GUGUGCGCGCGAAGUGACAGGAAGAGGCGGAGUCUCCUGGUCUGAUCUCCGCAGGACAGUGAGGCCUGCGCAGCGGUGUCAGUCCCGGCCUCGCCGUAAUUUUGAAGCCGCCAUGGAGCGCCGAAUGCCAGGCCGCAUGUUUGGCCAUCACCCUCGGGAGGAGAGCGGGCGCAGCGGCUUCCAGCUGCCGUCACAGGACUUCAUGGAGUUCCCGUUUCUCCCAGGACACCCUCAGCUGAGCGAGCGCGUGCGGAAGCGUCUGUAUUAUGGAUGGGAGGUGGAGUGCCCCAUGGAGGACCUGUCCAGUCCAGUGGCCGACAUUGCUGUGGAACUGCUGCAGAAAGCCGCUCCCAGCCCCAUCCGUCGCCUGCAGAAGAAGUAUGCAGCUCACGUGUCCAGGGAGGCCUGUAUCUCGCCCUGCUCCAUGAUGCUGGCCUUGGUUUACAUAGAGCGGCUGCGACACCGGAACCCUGAGUACCUGCAGCAGAUUUCAUCAUCCGACCUGUUCCUCAUUUCCAUGAUGGUGGCGAGUAAGUAUCUAUACGACGAGGGUGAGGAGGAAGAAGUGUUCAAUGAUGAGUGGGGUGCAGCCGGGAGACUGGAUGUCCAGACUGUGAACAAUUUGGAGAUGAAUUUCCUCCGCGCGAUCGACUGGAGUUUGUACACUCACCCAAGGGAAUUCUUUGAGGUGCUGCAGUGGUUGGAAGGCCGAGUGGCCGAGCAGCAGGGUAUGAAGCGCGGCUGGUUCACCUACACCGAUCUGACAGUGCUGCUGGAGCAGGAGCUGUGGCAGAAAGCCUUCAGUGAUUUCUUCCAGCAAAUAACCAAGCUGGCCUGUCUCCUGAGUCUUGUCUACCUGACCGGCGUUGCCACCUUCUUUGCCUCAGUUUCUGUACUCCAUAAGGCUGCCGGCGAGGUAAACGGCACAGCGCUUCUCCCUCCUGUCGUGGACCCAACUCCAGAUGCCUCCGUGCCUCUGUUUAUUCCAGUUACACCAGAGGAGAUCUCCGAGGCCAGCCUGACCGUCCCUGCCCUGGAGGAGGAGUGCGCGGACAGGCGGUCCAGCAUCUCUGCUACUGCUUUGUACCUAUGGGGCUCAGUGCUGACUGCACUUACUUACAAUGAUCCAGGGGGGGCUGCAGGUGAGGAACCACAACUCCCCGACCAGUACUGUCCACACUGCUCUAAACCAAAAUUGUCCUCCUGGCCUAAGACCUGCCAUCCGAAGAACGCCACCCGGUGUGGCAUUGCCCAGCCUGUUUUUCGUGCCUCUUCUGGACCCCACCACUUUGGCUUCCAUGACACGCUGCUCCCCUCUGGCUGCCCCAACUCCUGCGGUUUAUCACCAGAUGGCUGUCCGAACAUGGACUUGUCUAGAGACUUUGAGUUAAAGACCUAUUUGUGUGGAGGCAUUGGCUUUGACCGGUUUAAAACCGUCAUUGUCCCAGGUUAGCCAAUAUGGAAGGUGACACAGGCUCAUCCGCUUCCCCAUGUCAGGCCUGUGCUUGACUUUUAGGACUUUCUCUAAGAAUUAUCUACUAUGUAAAAAUUGCAAUAGCUUUUAUUUUACUACCAUGUUGCUGACCUCUGUGUUGAUGUGGCGCUUCUUCUAGAACUAAUAAUUGUAGCUAAAAUUACACAAAAGCACUUUAAAGGGGGGAGGGGGGGUGGUUCAGUCAGGUCUCCACAGGAUGUCUUCUGUGCAGGUUCUGCAUCGCUGUCCUCUCCUCUGUACAGGUAUGGACGUGUAUACCCCAAGGAGACCUGAUCAUUUAUGUAACUGCUGCUCAGAUGUGACUCAAAUUUCUUAUGUUACAGGUUUCAACAUUUUUCAAAAUCUCUGCUAGUUGUUAAGGAAUAUGGGACAUUCAUGUUUACAUCUAGAGGCUGAGAACCAGACCUGGCCUUGUACUUCUGACAGCGUAGACUUUGUUACAGUUGGAUCUGAUCUAGACAAUACCAUGUGAUACAUGAAGGACACAAGUGUUGUGUCAGGGCUGGUUCACACAGUUUUUGAUGCUGUUUUUCGCACCAAAAAUGCCUCUAAACAGCCUCCCAUUUAUUUAAAAAAAGAAGCAUCAUGCUAUGUUGGUGCGGAAUCUGCACUGAUUCUCCCUUUGAAAUGAAUGGAAAGCUGGAAAAAAACUAAACGCUCUGUAUGUGUUUGUUUUCUUCGCAUUCUGCCGCCAACUAGAAGCUGAAAAUCCAGAUCUGAAUUGAUGUAAACACCGAACAUUUGUUAAAGAAAAAAAAAACAUGCGGGUCCUGUGUAAAAUUUUGGAGGCUGAUUUCAAAAUCCGUUGUGUGAACAUACCCAGUAGCAACCAUCAUAAGGGUAUCAGUGCAUGUAAAAUGUGUCUGCCUGGAGUCCAGAAUGAUACAUUGUAACAAGUUAUCAGGGCCUCGGACAGAUUUUUGCUGUUGUUCUGGUUAACUCGCAUUGUGCACAGUAGAUACCAUUUUAACACCCUUAGGCCUCUUUCACACUUGCGUUGUCCGGAUCCGG